GCGCUUGUGUUCAGUGGGAUGCUAAGAAAAGGGAGGGUAGGCGGCAGUUACAAACGCUCCUCUUAGCUCCCUGACAGCCUCUGGCACUACUGAGAGAAAAAAAAUCUCCAACCGUACAAGAGGAACUUGUUCAGUUUAUCAUGUUGAACUGACCAGUGUCUCUUACCCUUCUGGAUUACUCUACAUAGCAACUUCUAGUAGAACGAGGAGUGAUCUUUCCCAUAAGGUACUUGAGGAAGCCAAUAUGAUCAGCUUCGAGCGCCCCCCUCCAUUAGCGCUGAUGCAUCCUGGGAGAGAACCUCCCUCUGUGGCCAUCAUGCCUCUGAGAAACACCCACCACCAACAACUGCAUCACAGGAGGAGAACCAAGAGGAUGGAGAGGGGAAAACCCGGAUCGCGCUCCAAGAAACUAGCCAUACUGUCCAGAUCUCUCAUCAUCUGUAGCUCCAGCACCAAUGAAGAGCCAUCGAGCCCAGAAGAGAGGAACUGCGAGGCCUGGGAUGAGGGAUGCUACAAAGACCCGCUGGAAGGGUUAAAUUCGGAAAAGUAUAUCACGAGGAGCAUCAGCUUGCAGACCUCUGUGCAAGAGGGCCCCAAGAGAGCGAUGAGGAGGUCCUUCUCCAUUAAGGAAAGCAGUUUCUGGAGAAUGUGUGUUGCCACGGGGGAGGAGGGGCUACAUGUGGGCGAUAACAAACUUCUUGACAAUGGCGGCACUGUCGGUCAAGAUCUGCACAGGGACACUUAUAUCUACUUUGGAGACAGGCUUACCCCAUUUAACGGACAGAUUGUAAACGAUCAAACUAAACUGGAGCCUGAUCCAGAGAAAAAGACUGUGUGUAGAACCACCAGUAAUGAAGAUUUCUUUCCAUGUGAGAGCAGAACUCUGUUUACAAAGGUGAAUGAAUCAGACAAGCUUGGCUACAGUUAUGGAGAAAAGGAGACGAUCGGAAACAAUAAUAACCUAAAGAUGCCAUUAAUUAGGGUUUCAGAAGAUAACAACAAGAACUGUGAGGAUGAAAGUGAAGAUCUGAACUGUCAAGAGACGUCCUGCAAGCGAUCUCGUUCCAACUCCACCAGCGUUCACCCUUACUGGAUCGGAGACUUGGACAGCAUCAUUAUGAAGACGCCAGAUCUGUUCCCGUGUCAUACACACUCUACCGCAGGCUUUUACGGCAACCGGAAGUCUCUCUCUCAACAGCUGGAGUUUCCUCAUAGCAUUCCACAGGCAGUGGUCAGACCAUCUCGCUCUCUCAGUUCUGCACAUUUGGUCCACUCAUGCAGCAGCGUACAAGCUUUUAUCAUUUCCAACAUCGUCCUCAUGAAGGGCCACGGCAAGGGCUUGGGAUUCAGUAUAGUUGGAGGCAGAGACAGCAUGUAUGGACCGAUGGGGAUUUACGUGAAAACCAUCUUUCCAGGGGGAGCUGCAGCCGCUGAUGGAAGGCUACAGGAAGGAGAUGAAAUACUGGAACUGAAUGGUGAAUCUCUUCACGGUUUGACCCACGAAGAUGCAUUACAGAAGUUUAAACAAGUGAAGAAGGGUUUGUUAACGCUGGUGGUGAGGACCAGUCUGCGUGUGGGAGCUCUGCCGGGCAGUCAGGGGCAGGUGUCUCAGCUGUGCCGAUCCAGAUCUCUGAGCUCCAGCACGGGUAUAAGCCGAGCCAGCGCUGACCUGGGAGAAUAUAACUGCCUCGGUAACCCUGCAAAGCCCCAGGACAGGGUCAUGAUGGAAAUCACCCUCCAGAAAGAGUUCGGUGUAGGUUUAGGUAUCGGGCUGUGCUGUGUUCCUUCAGCUGGGUGCUGUCCGGGAAUCUACAUUCAUACGCUGUCUCCAGGAUCAGUGGCCCACAUGGAUGGACGUUUAAGAUGUGGUGAUGAGAUCAUGGAGAUUAAUGACACGGUGGUUUGUAGCAUGACACUGAAUGAUGUGUACACAGUUCUGAGUCAGUGCAACCCGGGCCCGGUCCAAAUCAUCAUCAGUCGACACCCCGACCCAAAAGUUUCAGAGCAGCAGUUAAAUGAAGCCAUCGCUCAGGCGGUUGAACACAGUAAACUCAGGAGAGACCGAAGUCAGUGGAGUAUGGAUGGAUUUCACAACAGUCUGAGGAGAUCAGAAGGUUGUCCUCACAGCAGACAGAAGUGCGUCCGCUGUCUAGACCGGAGCUCAAACCAGUUAAACUGUAGACGGGCACAGAAGCCCAUGAUCCGGUCCUGCAGUGAAGGUGCCUACAGUCAUCGCUGUAUCCCUGAGAGUGUCAGCACUCAUUCCUUCCUACAACCUGAUCACGUCAACAGAGUACAGAGCAUGGACGUCUCCUUAACCACCAACAGUGAUAUUUCACUCAAUAACAGACUGUCUCCAUUUACUGACGAUGACUAUAACGUUCCUUAUAAAUGUCCAGUGAAUUUCACUGAACAACAACCAAGAGGUGUGGUGAGAAACUCAAUGCCAGGACCAGCAAAUCAGACACAGAGAUGCUGCAGACGACAAGACGUUAGCGGUCAGGAAGAACUGACUGAUUCAAGUUGCUCCAGUCAAGGUUCUCCAGUGAGAGAGAAGGAUCUACUGGCUUCUCAAAGCAACUGCCAGUUUUUCUGCAGUCUGUACAGGGCUUUGAGAAAGAUCUCAAGGCUUCUGUUUAACAAUGAAGUGGUUGAACGCUCAGAAGUCGGAAGUAAAGCGUCUGCAUGUAUCUCUGAAACUAAACCUGCAGUGGCAAGUGACACAACACACAGAGGGGGCAGAGAACACGGAGGUCCAAAAAGCCCUUCACCCGUGUGUAGUCCGAGCAGACGGGUCGGUUUGAGACGGCAGGCUCGUGUGGAGGUCAGUACAGAUCAACAACUUGAUCCCUGGGUCAAGAUCACAGAUAGCCCGGAGAACCAGUCGUACUGUUCCAAAACCAUGAGUGACCUUAAUGGGGAUAAUGAGGUUAAUGGCACACCUCCAGAAAGCAUAAACGUCACCUCGGACUCAUCUUCCGAACAGACACCCAAUGUUAAAAAAGGGCCCCCGGUGGCUCCGAAGUCUGCGUGGGUACGUCAGAGCCUGAAGAACAUUAAGUCUGGAAAACCAGUUAAAGAGGCUGUGAAACAACCGGACAUCCGGAGCCACGACACCGGAAGAACCUUUGGGAGUGGUCUGAGGAGUGCUUCAUCAGGAGGCAAUUUGUCAAUUAGGCAGAAGAUCAGUUCGUUUGAGACUUUCUCAAAUGCAGAAGCAGCAGAAAGGCCAAGCAGGAGAGUGGCCGCAGCAACAUGCCCUCCUCCAAUAGAGAAGACAGCUAAAACACAGACAGCAGACUAUAGCAAUACAGGGAGAACCAAGGUUGUCACCAGUAACUUAGAAAAUAAUGAUAACUGCCAGUCUCUACCAACAAUUUCUGCUUCCACACAGCCUGCAGUGGAAGAAAAGCAAUCAGCUUCCCUCAGUUCAAAUAUCGCUUCAGCCCCCCAUUCUCUAGAGGAAGAAAAGCAAUCGGCUUCCCUAAGUUUAAAUAUCGCUUCUGACUCCCAUACUCUAGAUGAAGAAAAGCAAUUGGCUUCCCUAAGUUUAAAUAUCGCUUCAGCCCCCGAUUCUCUAGAGGAAGAAAAGGAAUCAGCUUCCCUAAGUUCAAAUAUCGCUUCAGACCCCCAUACUCUAGAGGAAGAAAAGCAAUCUACUUCUCUUGGCUUAAAUAUCACUUCAGAGUCCUGUGAGCCAAUACUCGAUGAGGAACCCACUCGUGAGUCCACAAGUAUCUCGAAAGAGCUUUCCCCAGUUGCUGAGACCGAGCAAGAACCUUCUUCCCCUGUAAGCCACGUCCCACGAAGAUCAAGCAGUUCAAAAGAAGGUACUUCAGAAAAGCCAUAUUCAUCCGAAGGUGUUGGCACUCACGCCGUAAGUUUGAGAACCAAGAGUCUACCCCUCAGUCCAUCAGAUGCCCCCAGUCAAUGUGGCCUGGAAGGGGAAAGUCUGGGGAUCAUCUUGUCUUUCAGCAACCAGGUGUCCAAUGCUCUGAUGCGGUCCAUGCAGUCACUGCCUCAAUCUCCUUGUGUGAGAUUUGGAAACCCCUGGGGUGCCCCACCAGGAUCCCCUAUUCAUAAUCCUGUAGAGGCAGACUCGUCAAGCGAAAAGCCCCCACCGACCGUAGAGACCAAUGAGAGGGGUUUCUCUGUAAGCCUGGCCGAACUGAGAGAGCGCACUAUUGAGAGAGGGGAAGACUGUGAGAAGCCAGAAGAGACACCCGAACGCCCCCUAAACUCGGCUUCGGCGGUCUGUGCCCAAUCCAUGAUCUCAGCCCUUCCGCCGGAGGAGAUCCAGCAGAUGAUUCAGGAAGUCAAGGAUCUGGAUGAAGACACGCUAAGGCAACUGGAAGACAUCCACGUUGUGAUUCUGCAUAAAGAGGAAGGAGCUGGCUUGGGUUUCAGCAUCGCUGGAGGUAUCGAUCUAGAGAACAAAGCGACUACAGUCCACAGGGUUUUUCCCAGUGGCCUGGCCGCUCAGGAGGGCACCAUAGAGCGAGGCGAUGAAGUUUUGUCCAUCAAUGGGCAAACACUGAAAAACAUCACGCACAGCGAUGCCACGACGAUACUCAGGCAAGCCCGCAACAUGAAGCAGGCGGUGGUGGUGGUGUGCAAGAAUAAAGAUGCGGAGGGCAAAGAUGCUAACGCUAAUGAGUUUAGCUGCAGCAGUGGGGCAGACAACAGCUUCACAGGAGAUGACGGAGGCGAAGUUGUAACUCUCGAGUUGGAGAAGAAUGCAGGUGGCAUUGGAUUUAGUCUCGAGGGUGGAAAAGGCUCGAUUAACGGAGACAGACCACUGACUGUCAACAGAAUAUUUACAGGGACUGAUGCCGAGCAAAAGGGCCUGAACUCAGGCGAUGAGGUUCUGCAGAUUCAGGACUCGCCUCUGCAAGGGCUCACGCGAUUCGAAGCCUGGACGAUCAUCAAAGGUCUCAGUGACGGACCGUUUACACUCCUCAUUAGGAAAAAAAAAUGUGAGCAGAACUAAAAUUGCCGUUUAAUGUGAAAUCAACUUGAAUUUCGCACCAUUUCGGGCCUUAUGGAAGAUGCCUUUACUAUUUUGACACCAAAACGUCAAAAUAGAACGGUAUAUUAAAAAAUAAUAAUUAAAGAAAUAGUUCACUCUAAAAUGUAUGAUUUUCAUAAGUGGGUGAUUCUCACGAAAACAUGGUUUUAAACAUGACAAGCAUGAAAAUGUAAAAAUUGCUUAAAUUGACUUUUUUUCCCACCAGACAUUGAAAAACAAAGUCUGGAGUAAAUGGGAACAUUAAUUUAAAAACUUUUACUUAUCAUUUAACACUUUUUGUAACAUAAUUAAAAAAUUAGUCCUAAAAAAUCUCAUUACCGCAACAGUCAGAAAACAUCAACACUGACAUAUUUUCAAAAUGACAUGACAAACCUAAAAGAACAUAAUUUGGAGAUUCUGCACAUGCAUUUAAAAUCAAAGUAUUAUGCUUCUAUUAAUUAAAUUAACAUUUAAUAAGCAUCUGUUGCGGUAAUGAUCAUCAAAAUGUCGUGUAAGCAUUCUGACAAGACAAUAUUUCAUAUUAACUGUAAAAAAAUGAUCUUACCUGGUAGCCAUCUUAAGUAACUGGUCCAUGUGCUUGGUCACUCAAAAUCAAACUUUAUUAAAAUUCUGUAUGUGUGCUUAAACUGUUCUCAAAAAGUGUUGCGGAGGAUGAGAACAUCAAGCAUGGACACAUCAUUUUCCUAAUUUUUCUUUAUUAUUAUUAUACAUGAAUAUUCAGUAAAUAUUUUUUCUGUCAUCUAAAGUAGUCUAGCAAAACAUCCAUUUAUUUAUUUUUUCUUAAUAUUUUUGUGUUCAUUUGAUUAAAUUACAACAUAACGCAUGUUCAAAGACAGCCGGACACAUUGCGGUAAUGAGAAUUUCAGCAGAAAAUGAGAUAAAAUUUCCAAUUAUAAAUUCUUAUGUUGAAAUCACACAUUGUGCAAGGUAGAACACAGUAUUGUGUUAAUUCUGAUGCUUUUUAAUGUUACUAUAUUACACAUUUUAAAGCUAAAAUCAUUAGUGCCGUGGUGUUUCAAUGGUUUCGUGAGAAUCACCCAGGUGCGUCAAACAUAAAAGUCGAAUUUUUGAAAAAUUGAAAAAAAUUAAAAUGAACAAUGAGUUAUCAAGCUUAAAACAAAAAUGUGUUUCUGUAGCUCAACUUGUAAACCAUUGCGUUGCAGUGCAAAGGCUGUGGGUUUGACACAUACUAAUAAAAUGUAUAGCUUUAAAUAUACUGUAUGUGUCUGCCAAAUGCGCAAACGUAAUGAAAGUAUCAUAAAAGUGGUCCAAAAUAUAUAUCGCAGUAUACAUAUUCAAAAUUUAUAUUUCCAUAAAAGUUAUACAGGUUUGGGAAGAUAUAAACAGAAUUGUUAUUUUAGGAUGAACUAUUUCUUUAAAUUCUUUACUCAUUCAGUUGUCCCAGGAUCUCUUUGCUUUGUUUUGCCAUUAAUACAUAUUGACAGCUGUGUGACUUCUGUAUGUGCAUGAUGUGCAACCAGUCGUGCUGGUAUCGUACUGUUUCACAUAAUCAGGGAUUAAAAUAAGAACACGAUUAUUUUCGUCUGCCUGUUUUGAAGCUAAGAUUUGCACAACCCUGUAUAUAAAUGUUUAUUUCAGAUCUAUUUGUACACCGUUUUACCAAAGCAGAGUGUAAAGAAGACGUGUUGCCUUGCAUCGGGUGUUUGUGUUAAAACCUUUAGAGAAGAUUAUACAUGAUUAAAAUAUUUCAGUUAUUUUUUGGUUGUUUUGUGAAACGCUCCCCAUAAAAAGUCAUCAAAGACAAAAAAGGAUUAUACUUUAUAACAAUCGCUACCCAAAAAGCAGACGACUCUGGGCCGGAUCUGCUGACUUCGGUGGGAAUCUGGUGUGGAUCUGGCUUGAAGUCGUCUGCUGUCUUGAUUUAACAAAAUAACAAGCAUUCACCCUGUGACAGUUAAGUAAACUAACUAGUGCACCAAUCACUUGUGGUUUUCCGGUGAUGUUAUUUAUUAACCCCUUUCACACACGCAGCUUUGUAUUCCCACCGCAAAAUGCAAACUAAAAUUUUUAAUAAUAAAAAAUCUAAUGCUUUGGUUAUAGACUGUAUAAUGUACACGUAUAUAAUUUAAAAUGCAUGAAAUAAUGGUUGCGAAUACAAUUUUGCUCAGUUUCUAAUCAGGAAUUUCUUCAUUCAUGACCCACGAAUUACAAAAUUACAUUUUUAAAAAGCCUUUGUAUGUGUGAAAGGGGCUAUAAAAAUGUUUCCUUAAAAAUUAAAGUCUUGAAAUUGUUGCAACAAACACAUUUUACAGUAACAUUUUAAAGUUUUGUAAUGUUCAAAUAAAGUAACUAGUGGCAAAA